AUCUGUCUUUCUAUUGGAAUGAUAUGAGAAGUCAUCGCAAAAACAAACUAUUAUUCCAGUCUGCUUAGGGAUGAGGAUAGGUUUAUAAAAACGAAGAUGCACAAACUUCUGGUAAACCUGGUAUUUUUCCACUUGUCAGUGAUCGCUAAGGCUGAUAAAUGUGAUCAACAACAGUUGACCAAAUAUGGCUUUUAUUUGAAGAACCACAAAUACGACGCGAAAAAAGUCUCCAAUCUUCUGGAGUGUUUGAAACUCUGUAUCACUGAUCCGAAGUGUAUAACUAUCAACUUCAUCUUGUUUGACAAGGAAUGCGAGUUGAAUAAUGAUAGUGGAAUGGGAUGGGGGUUGGUGAAGCUACCACACUCAAUCCACGGCAUUCUCAAAAAGAAGGAACGGAAAGGGUCUUCGUGCAACCAACUAAAGAAAUCCUACCCUCUUUUGAAGUCCGGUUAUUAUGACGUCAUCGUCAAUGGAAAAGAGAGGAAUGUGUACUGUGACAUGGACAACUUUAGUGGUGGAUGGAGUCUGGUGGUGUCGAUCAGUAAAUCAAGCCACGCCCAUUUACAAAGCUUCGAGAUAGAUUGCCAAGACGUUUUGAAGUGUGUGCCAUUUCCUGAAUCUCCCUUCCCGGCCAAGAAGCUUUCAGAUGAGGACAUCCGAGCAUUGGCGAGUGACGGUGAAGGAACCUUUCGUGUUGAUGUUGUUAACGGGCCGGCGACCAAUAAAAUUUCAGUUUUCUAUCAGAUUCCUUCUGGAGCUCAAAACUUUAACUCCUCCUGCAGUGGGGCUACAUGCACGGGAACUGGUUGUGUUGUAUGCCCACGAGUAAUCAUUUCAUACUCGCAUCCUUAUGUGUGGGAGUCAAAUUGCAGAGGAAUCGACGUUGGAUAUUUACUCGCUGGCCUCAAGCAUAAAGUUUUUGAUGGUCACGACAAUGCUGAAUGUGGCUCUCCCUGGUAUUCUUCUAAAUAUACACAUUUUGAUGUGCGUGCCCUUUAUGGCUACACCACGCCUGGCAUCUACUUAAAGAGAGAAGGUGUCCUGUUCGUAAAGUGAACAAUUAGACUAGACUGGCUAAGAGUGGGUUACUAAAAUAUUAUAAUUAUUAUAUACAUAUCAUAUAAGAGAGUCUUGAGACCCCGAAACAAAAUCACCCCAGGUUCCCCACUAAAUAGCGCUUUAGCAGUCUCGAAACAGAGAAGGAUUGAAGUAUCACACCUUAUAAACAAGUUCAUGAAAGGACAAGUUCUGUCCCACUGUAGAGGUAGAGUUUCAUUUUUUUAUGCACUGCAGGAAACUCUUAGCAGAUGGAAGGCAAAUUUUCUCUUUAAUAUUUGACUUUUUUCUUGCAUGCAUGCUUACUGAAUUAGCUCCCACACAUUCUUGCUCUUAUAAUUUAAGUUUCGGAAUUUAUCCGCAGUUCGCAUAGUUUGGAAAACCGCUGAAAAAAUUCGCGGGCUUUUCCCUAAAACUCCGUUUUGAUUGGCCAAGAAAUGUGAUGUUAGAAGAGUUAUGAUUGGCUAUGGGUUACGCUUGAGUCGACGAUUUGUGAUUAGUGACACAACUAUUAGUGACCCGCUAACCGCAAAAAGUCCUGAAUAGCUUCGCUAUCCACGACUUGAAAAUGGAAGGGAGACUGAUGUUGGAGUCCAUGGUUGUAUUAUUUACUUUUUGCGUGUUUCAUACAAGCAAUGUAUAUACUUCUGCCUUGUAAAGUUAAUAAAAUAUUAGUAUCAGCACCA